UCAGCGGAUGUCAUGUGAGGAGGGGGUCCUCUUCAGCUGUAGCUUGGUGCUGGUGCUGUUCAGGGCUGGACUGGGUGUGUGAUUGUUCCGGCGGCUCAUUCUCGCGAGGUGAGCCUAACCUUAGCCUUUCCCUUUGCCCAUUAUUGAGUGGAUUCUUUUCUUCCGCCUGGGUAUAGCUCAAUGUAUGAUUUCUUCAGUCCUGCUCGUCACAAGGGGACCGAAAGCAGAGGGAGAUGCGCCGACCGACAUCUCGAAGGGAAAGAAACAUGUAACCAGGCAUCUAGAACGGCACCUGAUACUCAUAAGACCGGAACGCUUUUCCGAUUUAUGCACUCGCUAUUGUUUUUAAUAUAGCCAGUCUUCAAUUUGUCUUCGCUUCCUGGAUGCUUUCCGUUUGGAUUUAAUCAUCGACACACGUCUGCAAUAAUGAGCGAGGAAAUAUCGGAUGUUCCGAAGGAACUGCUUGAGAGCGUAAAGGAUGCCGUGGGCCGGAAGAUCAAGCUUUCUGUCAAAAAGAAAGUUAGGCUGGAAGUCAAAGGGGACAAGGUGGAAAACCGAGUGCUGGCUCUGGCGUCCCACCGGGCAUACCUGCUGACAGCACGGAUCCCCAGCAAGGUUGAACAGACCUUCAAUUAUUUGGAAAUCCAAGGAAUCACUUGUAACAAGCCGACCCAGCUGGCAGUGGAGUACGACCGUGGCCUUCUGUCCAUGAAGCUGGCGUCCCUCGAAGAAGUGAACGAGGUGGUGGCCCACAUAGGGAGCUGUUUGCAGAGGAUAUGUCCCGGUUUAUCCCCCGUGAAAGUGAUGAAGAAGUUGGCGAUGGAGCCCCCAGAGCGAAUCUCCUUCCUACAGUCAUUAUGGGAGAACCAGAAUGUAGCAGAACCGGGACCCUGUGGGGGCUUCUCACAGCUGUACAAGUGCGUGUGUGACUGGAUGGGCCUACCUUACCGGGAGGAAGUGCAAUGGGAUGUGGACACAAUCUAUUUAACGCAGGACACGCGGGAGUUGAAUCUGCAGGAUUUCAGUCAUCUUGAAAACAGGGAUUUGGUUGCCAUUAUAGGUGUUCUGGAGUACAACCAGUGGUUCAACAAACUCUUUACAAAGGACUACAAAUUGUCUGCAGAUGUCAGCGACCAGAUCCUGCGAGUGGUGUCUCGGUCCAGUCGACUUCAGGAGCUUGUUCUGGACAACGCCGGACUGAAAACCGAUUUUGCACAGAAGUUGGCCAAUGCCAUUGCCCAUAAUCCAGCCUCAGGACUACACACCAUAAACCUUGCUAACAACCAGCUUGAAGACAGAGGUAUCGCCUCUCUGAGUGUGCAGUUUGGCAAACUUCGAAAGGGAGUCAAGCAUUUGAACUUCUCAAAGACCUCGUUAUCACCCAAAGGUGUGAAUAGCCUUUGUCAGUCACUGAGUGCCAACCAGCCAAUUGCCAGCACACUCACACACCUCGACCUCUCAGGGAAUGUUCUACGAGGAGAUGACCUCACGAACCUAUACCAUUUCCUGGGCCAGCCGAACAGCCUGACCACUCUGGACCUGUCCAACACUGACUGUUCACUGGACCUGGUGUGUUCUGCACUUCUACGGGGCUCUGUCCAGCACCUGUCCAUUCUAAACAUGUCAAAGAGCAUUUUUGCCCACAGAAAAGGUAAAGAGGUCGCUCCCUCCUUCAAGCAUUUCUUCAGCACGGCUGAAGCUCUGAGCAGCAUCAACGUGUCAGGAACAAAGAUUCCACCAGAGGGCCUAAAAGCAAUGUUACUGGGCCUUGCCAACAAUCCCUACCUGAAGGAUGUCUCUCUGGACCUAAGCUGUUGUGAGUUGAGGUCUGGUGGCUCACAGGCCUUAGAGGGGUGUAUUGCAGAGAUUCCCAACAUAUCCAGUCUGGACAUAUCUGACAAUGGUUUGGACUCUGACCUGACUACUUUAAUGGUGUGGCUUUCCAAAAAUCGAUCCAUCCGGCAUCUGUCACUGGGGAAGAACUUCAACAACAUCAAAUCAAAGAACCUAGCUCCUGUCUUGGACAACCUUGUGCACAUGAUACAGGAUGAGGAAUCGCCCCUGACCUCCCUCUCACUGGCGGACUCCAAGUUAAAGAGCGACCUGACCAUCGUCCUGAAUGCCCUGGGAAGCAACACCUCGCUGACCCGAGUGGAUAUCAGUGGGAACGGCAUGGGCGACAUGGGGGCCAAGAUGCUGGCCAAAGCCUUGCAGAUCAACAGCAAACUCAGGACGGUCAUUUGGGACAAGAACAACAUCAGCCCACAAGGCCUGCAGGAUGUUGCCGCAGCUCUGGAGAAAAAUUUCACAAUCCGCUUCAUGCCGAUCCCCAUUAUUGAUGCAUCCCAAGCUUUGAAGGCCAGCCCGGAAAAGACUGAGGAUGCGCUGCUCAAGAUUGAGAAUUACCUGUUUCGGAACCACAAGACCCGAAAAUACCUCCAGGAGCAAGCAUAUCGUCUCCAGCAGGGCAUUGUCACGACAACCACACAGCAGAUGAUCGACAGGAUCUGUGUCAAAGUUCAGGACCAUCUCAACUCGCUGCGGUAUUCAGAGACUGAUGUGAUUUUAGAGGACGUAAAAAUGGCUGAAAACUUCAUGAAGGAUGCCAGGAACUCCAAAACGCUCCUGCCAAACCUGUACCACCUGGGGACGGGCUUGGACACCUCAUCCCCUAGCCCCAUCCAGGAGAAGUUGGAGUCCAUGGUCGGCGAGGUGACCAGAGUGAUGGACGAACAGUUACAGAGUUUGUUGGAGUCCAUGGUGGACACGGCUGAAGGCCUUUGCCCUCACGUGAUGAAGAGGCCUAACCUGCGACAGGAUCUUAUCAAGGCCAGCACAGGCAAGAUGGUUAUCCCGCGCUCUUUUGUCAAGGAUACACUGUUGCAGCAGUCUGGUAUCGACAUCAUCAACAAGAUCAGUGAAGUAAAGCUCAGCUUGGCAUCGUUUCUCUCAGACCGUGUUGUCGAUGAGAUUUUGGACGCUCUUUCAAGUUCUCAGCACACAUUGGGGGAGCACUUGGCCGGGAAGGGGCGCCCCCUGCACCAGCAGGGAUCCCUGGAGGCAGAGGUCCCAGAGGAGAGGACCCCCAAGCGAGCCGCCCUGGAGCUAACCGAGGCAGAGCGGCUAGAUGACCUGGAAACGUGCAUGAUGACCCCCAAGUCCAAGAGGAAAAGCAUCCACAGCAGAAUGCUGCGGCCUGUGUCUCGAGCUUUUGAAAUGGAGUUUGACUUGGACAAAGCUCUGGAGGACGUGCCCGUGCACUCAGACGACCCAGCUGCCGCUCCUCCAAAGCUGGAGAAGAAGACUUCUGGAGGGAUGGGAGAGCUGCCAUCAGAAGAAUGCAAGAAGCUCCAGCACUUCACCAAGCUGAGGCCCAAAAGGAACAAGAAGACGCGGUCCAGUAAGGUCCCUCACAUAAGCAGCACCACCUCACAGGAGGGUGAACAGAAUGGCAUCAUGGGAAGGGUGGAUGAGGGUGUGGAUGAAUUCUUCACCAAGAAAGUCACCAAAUUGGAUACCAAACGUCCCUCACUGAAGAGCUCGGACUCCCAGGACGGAGAGAAGAAGCGCGACACUCGCAAGGGAGGCUUCCUCAACCUCAUCAAGUCCCGCACCUCCAAAUCUGAGAAGAGCCAGGCUGCCCCUCCUCCCCCGACAGCCACACCCGCCGCCACAGAAGAGCCCUCCUCGCCCAAGGGCCCGGUGAAGAGCCCCGCCCCAGAGCCGGCCAAGAGCAAAGAAGCCAAAGCCCUCCCGCCCACGGACUACAGCAGCAGCUCCGACCGCUCGGAGGACCUGAAGACCCCCGACUCCAUGGACGAGCAUUCGGAGGGCGACGGCAAAGGCAGCCCACAGGGAGGCCGACGCUACGGGAUCCAGGUCAUGGGCAGCGGUCUGCUAGCGGAGAUGAAGGCCAAGCAGGAGAGGAGGGCAGCUGUUGUCCAUAAGACGCCCGAUUCCUCCUCAACUCCAGAUAGACCGGACGGGGGUGGGACAGGGAAAGUGGCCCCUGCUCCUCCAGAGAGCCGGGGUCCAGGGGUCCUGAAAAUGGAGGGGGCUGCGAGCUCCCCAGAGAAGACCCUGAGGAAUGAGACCAAGCCAGAGACCACGACCAGGGCCCGCGCCACUCCUCCCAGCCCCUCUCCCGCCAGCCCCAAACCCCCCGUGCAGGGCCCUAAGCCCCCCCUGGCCGCCCGGCCCACCAUUCCACAGAAGCCUCGCACCCCCAGCAGCCGUAGCGUAGAUGAAGGCUCCGACAUGCCAGGUGGGAACAUGUCCCCAAAAGCACCGCUGCCUCCCCACCCGCUGAAGAGGGCGUCAUCGGAGAAGGAGAGGGAUGGGCCAGGCAGCCCAGUGCCAGUAGGCCCUGGGAGCAGGGUGUUAGCUCAGGAAGUGGAUCUUAUGGGAGACGGUAGCCACUUUGACUCCGAUCAGGAGCCUGACAAACCUGCAACUCCCAUGAGACUCAGAGCCACACGGCAAUGCUCCACCAGCGCUGCAGAGGAAUUGGGCGAGCAGGAACACAGGAAGUCCCUCCCCCGACCUGUAAGACCUGCCUCUCUGUCAGACAAUGCACAGCGCCCCGGCCCUAGACGUCAAAGCUCGGAGGAGAAUUGCUCCAAGACCAAGGACAAAUCACCCAACAAGGAAAAAAGCCUGAGCAGGAAGUCCACAGACUCUGGAGAGGAAGUGGACAAAGACUUUAUUUUUAUAUGAGGCAAAAAAAAAAGAAAAAAAGAAGCCAAACAGGACCUUGCCAGUUUUGGUCUUACUCUGUCUAAAAUCAGGAAUAAUAAAAUCUGCACCUUCCACUUCUGUAUUCUGUAGGUUAUGCAGGACCAAACAGAGUGAAUAAUGUAUGUUUGUUAAUUAUUAUUUCUUAGAAAGCCUGGUGAAUUAACCAUAUGAUGUGUUAUGCAUUGAGAACACUGUGCUUACCCCAUUUACCCCUUUAACUAAAAGCAAAAAAGAGGCUGGAGUACUGUUAUAGUUUGUACAACACAAUUGGUCAGUAUAUUAACUCUUCUAAAAGAGUCCUUGCUAUUUAUUCAGAUUGCAUAUGGCUCUACUAUUCUCUGACAUACUUUAUGAAUGAACUAAAUUCAUAUACUGUAACAAAUAAAAUGCAUAACAUUGAUGGUUCUUGCCCAGUUGGUCAUAUUGGUGGGUUGCUACUGUAUGAACCAGAUGUAAUUAAUGUCCACAUUCCACCAUUUUGGGUUGUAAAAACCAUAAUUUAAGAUGUAUGUUUAUUUUUCUCUGUACUGACUAUGAAACUCAUCAUUAUGAUGUGGAGGGUAAUCCAGGACAUGCAAACUGUAAUUGUCAUCAUCUCAGAGUGUCUGGUAUGCGCUGAAAUAAGGACUCGUUUAAAUUUGUAAUUUGCAGGCACUGUUUUUCACAUGCACAUGUUGUCUUAUAAAGAGUCCGUUUAAUAAAACAUUUUCGGCGUUUCAAAUCAUACACCUUGCCAUUUUCAUAAUGGGGGAGGGGUGGCUAGACACGAAGGUAUUUGAUUCUGUCAAAUUAGGCUUUUGGCUUAGGCUAUUUAUUUGUGUGCAUGUGUACUGUGUGUUCACACGUGCGAAUGUGUAUAAUAGCGUUGUGCACAGAUAAACGACGCACAUACAGUAUGUGUGUAGGCCUAUGUGCUCCUGUCUGUGGGCACACUUGCAUUUGUAUCCACGAAUAAUAUUGCAAUAAUGAUGCUAAGCACACUAAUUACAACGGGCUUUGUAUUUGUAAUUUAUUAAAAUUGAGAUGCAGGUGCUUGGGGUGUUUUUUUUUUUACCCGCGAUAAGGACGUUAGUAUUCCUGCUGAUGUAUAUUAUGUUGUUAACACGCAAAGCAAUUGAGUAUUCUUAUUGCGCACUAAGCACAAUAAAAUGUGUUAUAUUGAAUAUCGAAAAAGACGGCUGCAAUAUUAAAUUAAACGUGGGUGUAUCAUGUCUGACGUACUAGAAGUCUGUAUUAUUUCAUUGCAGAACUGGGUGGUGUUUUUCGCGUCAUAUUCCUUUUUUUUGUGAUGGAAUAACUGUGUUUCAGUAAAGUCUUCUAUAGGCUGUGGGCGUUUCGUUUCGCAUGCAUUUAUACCAAUUAAAAUAAUUGUACAGAUUGACUACA